AAUGCUUAAUGGUAGGUCUGCUGAUGGUAUGGGGAUGGCUUUUGGGGAUGACCCUGACUUUGAUGGAGGGUAUGAGAGUGAAGAUUUGGAAAGUGUGGCAACUGAUUCUGAGAUGGAAGAUGUUCCUAGGAGAAGAUACCCAAAGUUUGUGGAGGAGCGUUUGGGCCCAGAUUUCAAAUUCAUUCUUGGAAUGGACUUUGCAUCCCUUGAUCAGUUCAAGGAAGCUCUAACUGAUGUUUGUGUAACGAAUGGCAGAGAAUACAAAUUCCUGAAAAAUGAUAGCAUUAGGUGCAGGGUGGCGUGUAGAAGUGAUGAUUGUCCAUGGCUCAUUCUGUGUAGCAAGGUUGGUAACAAGAAAUCUUACAGAAUCAAAACUCUAGUUGAUAACCACACAUGUGCUAGAGUGUUUGAUAAUAAGUCUGCAAAUAUAAAGUGGGUGAAGAAGAAGCUGUUGAAUACAGUCAGGACAGUCAACAAAAUCAGCACCAAUGAAAUUGUAGAUGACUUCAGAGUUAACCUUGGGACUGGUAUAACCAGAUACAGAGCAUGGAAAGGCAAACAGUUGGCAACUGAAGAGGUUGAAGGUGCUGUUGAAUUACAGUAUACCCUCUUGUGGAGAUUUAGUAAUGAAUUGAGAGCAAGGUCAGCAGGAAACACAUGCAAGAUGAGCUUUGAAUCACCCAGAACCACAUUGUUUCCUAGAUUCAGCAGAUAUUAUAUGUGCUUGGAUGGCUGUAAAAGAGGGUUUCUAGCUGGAUGCAGGCCAUUCAUAGGCUUGGAUGGAUGCCAUCUCAAGACUAAACAUGGAGGGAUACUGUUGGCAGCAGUUGGUAGAGAUGCAAACGAGCAGUAUUUCCCUCUAGCCUUUGCUGUUGUUGAAUCUGAAACCAAAGAUAGUUGGAGAUGGUUUAUGGAGCUUUUGAUGGAUGACAUAGACCCCACAAGAUCAAGCAGAUGGGUAUUUAUCUCCGAUCAACAAAAGGGAUUGAUGGAGGUCUUCAAAGAAGAUAUGCUGCAAGGUGUUGAACAUAGACUAUGUGUAAGGCAUCUUUAUGCAAACAUGAAAACUAAAUUUGGAGGUGGUGUGCUUCUAAGGGACCUAAUGAUGGCUGCUGCCAAGGCUACAUAUGAAGUAGCUUGGAAAGAAAAAAUGCAACUAAUAAAGGAGCAUAACGAAGUUGCUUUCCACUGGUUGAUGGAGAAGCCAACUUCAAGCUGGUGCAGACAUGCUUUUAGUUGGUUCUCUAGAUGUGAUGUGGUUAUGAACAACCUAUCAGAAGCCUUCAAUUCUGCAAUUAUAUUGGCCAGAGACAAACCUAUCCUAACCAUGAUGGAGUGGAUUAGGACCUAUGUCAUGGGAAGGUUCCCAGCAAUGAUGGAGAAGCUGAACAAGCAUCCUGGACAAAUCAUGCCUAGGUCAUUGAAGAGGAUAUCACAUGAGGUUGACCACAGUAAGAACUGGGUCACUAGGGCUGUUGGUGUUCUAAUGUUUGAGGUUCGCCAUCUAAUCACUUUGGAGAGACAUGUUAUCAACUUGAGGGAUAGGACUUGUUGCUGUAAUUUCUGGCAGUUGAAUGGCUUUCCAUGCAGACAUGCAGUGGCUGCAAUUUCUUUUCAUGGCCAUGAUCCAAAGGCCUAUGUACAUGAGUGCUACCAGAGGGCUGCUUAUAGAGCAACAUAUGAGAAUUUUGUCACACCAUUACCUGGACCUAACCAGUGGAUUGUUACUCCACAUGAUCCUGUAUGCAUUAUGCCACCAUUGUAUAAGAGAAGAGCUGGUAGGCCCAAGAAAUUGAGGAGAAGAGACCCAUGUGAUGAUCUUAAUCCAAGUAAAUUAAAGAGAGGGGGUGCAGCUUGGAAGUACAGCAGGUGCAAGCAAUACGGGCACAAUAAGAAGACCUGUAAGAACCCUAUUCAGGAAGACCAACCUGCUGGGAAUGAUGGAGCUGAGGAUGGACCACAAAAUGAUGUACCUGAGGCUGAACCACAAAAUGAUGGACCUGAGGAUGGACAGAAUGAUGGACCUGCUGAGAAUCAAAAGAAAACAAAGAAAAAGGGUUUUAAGAAAUGCAGUAGAUGCAAGCAGUAUGGGCACUAUAAAAACAAAUGUAAGAACAACCCUGAAAUCAUCCCCAUAUUUCAAGCUCCUGCUCCUUCUCUUCCUGGUAUUGUUAUCAGGGAGCCAAGCAAUAAUCUCACUGCACCUGCCCCAGUACCUCUUACUUCUGGAAAAGGGAAGGAAAAAGUCCAUGAUGCUCCAAGAUCUGAGGUUCAAAAUUGGAGUCAAGGAUAUACUGUGACAAGGAAUCAUGGAGCUGCAAGCACUUCUGCUUCUAUCCUCCAAGUUGGGACUGCAUCUGGGACUUCCAGGACAGUAGAUGGGGCUGCAGCUGUUACAGGAAAUGAUUUUCCCAUGGCUUCAGGAGAUCAACAAGUUGUUGAAGACACUUUACCAACACAGUGCAGCGUUGACUUGGACAAAACUGUGGGAGAAUCUUCUUGACCUUGCUUUGGAUGAAGGGAAUUACUUUUUGAGAGUGGGAAGGGAUAGCUUUUUGUGUGAGGGAAUCAAGAUCUGACAUGGUUCACAUGGUUCUUUAUUUUUCUUUCUUAAGUAGUUGAAUGUGGACCACAUGGCCACUAGGAUGGUCGAAUGUUUUGUAAUAUUAAUGGGUUUUGGUGGACCACUUACUUUGGCCACUAACUUGCUGGAUUUGAAAUGCAUUUUAAAUGCUUUUAGCUAUCUUUAUCCUUCUGUAAACAAUGACAAUUGGGGUACUUUAACUCCUCCUUAUGCAUUGAUGGUUUACACUCAUCUAUUUAAUUG